AAGGAGAUCACUGGGAGAAACUACAAAUCAGGAGUCCAGUGGGAGACUGCAGCCCUGAUCAGGAGUGUUGGCAGGUGGGCGCUCUGCAAUGGAUCAGUGUGAGGACAGAGAGGAGGGAGCUCCUCCCUCUAAAACCACUCUGUGUGGGGAACAUGAAGCUCAGAGAUUAGCAGCAUGGGAGAGAUACGAGUGGAAAUGGACCAAGCUAAUGAAUGACCGAUCUAGGGUCAUACCUAAUGAUUUCAAAUAUGGACGUCGGUUUGAUCAUCUAAGUGUUUGUGAUUCUGUCAGAGACAACCUUCAGAGACCAGACUCCACUGGACCUGGACCCAGCUGUGUGUCUUACAAGAGUGACGACUCUAUGUACAGACCUAUUCAUUUCAAAGAUGGACGUCUGUCUGAUCGUCGACGAGUCCAACACGGGAGACCAGACUCUCCUGGACCUGGACCCAGCUGUGUGUCCUUAAAGAGUGACCGAUCUAAGGGUCUAGACAUUAAUUUCAAAGCUGGAGAGAUUUGUGAUGAUGAAAGAGUUCAGAGAUCAGAGGCUCCCAUUGGUCAGUCUGCCCAGCAGCAUCAAACACAGCUGGACUCCAUAUUGAUGCUGCUCCAGGAGAACAUCAUCCGUUUUGUAAAGACCGAGCUGAAGGAGAUCCAGAGAGUUCUGAGUCCAGAUUACCAAGGAUGCUAUAAGAGUCAGAGGGAUGAUGAGGAUGAAGAGCAGAGGAGGAGCAGAGAGGCCUUUCUGGAGAUCACUCUGCACUUCCUGAGGAGAAUGAAGCAGGAGGAGCUGGCUGACUGUCUGCAGAGCAGAUCUGUUCCAGAGUGCAGACGUAAACUGAAGUCUGACCUGAAGGAGAAGUUCCAGUGUGUGUUUGAGGGGAUCGCUAAAGCAGGAAACCCAACCCUCCUGAACCAGAUCUACACAGAGCUCUACAUCACAGAGGGAGGGACUGGAGAGGUCAAUGAUGAACAUGAGGUCAGACAGAUUGAAGCAGCAUCCAGGACCCCACACAGACCAGAGACCACCAUCAGACAAGAAGACAUCUUUAAAGGCUCACCUGGAAGAGAUCAACCAAUCAGAGCAGUGCUGACAAAGGGAGUGGCUGGCAUCGGGAAAACAGUCUUAACACAGAAGUUCACUCUGGACUGGGCUGAAGACAAAGACCACCAGGACAUCCAGUUCACAUUCCCCUUCACUUUCAGAGAGCUGAAUGCUGAGAGAGAGAAAGUUCAGCUUGGUGGACUUGUUCAUCACUUCUUUACUCAGACCAGAGAAGCAGGACUCUGCAGGUUUGAAGAGUUCCAGGUUGUGUUCAUCUUUGACGGUCUGGAUGAGUGUCGACUUCCUCUGGACUUCCGUAACAAUCAGAUCCUGACUGAUGUUAGAAAGUCAACCUCAGUGGAUGUGCUGCUGACAAACCUCAUCAGGGGGAACCUGCUCCCCUCUGCUCGCCUCUGGAUCACCACAAGACCUGCAGCAGCCAAUCAGAUCCCUCCUGAGUGUGUUGACAUGGUGACAGAGGUCAGAGGGUUCACUGACACUCAGAAGGAGGAGUACUUCAGAAAGAGGUUCAGAGACCAGGAGCAGGCCAGCAGAAUCAUCUCCCACAUCAAGACCUCCCAAAGCCUCCACAUCAUGUGCCACAUCCCGGUCUUCUGCUGGAUCACUGCUACAGUUCUGGAGGAUGUGCUGAAGACCAGAAAGAGAGGAGAGCUGCCCAGGACCCUGACUGAGAUGUACAUCCACUUCCUGGUGGUCCAGUCCAAACUGAAGAACAUCAAGUAUGAUGGAGGAUUUGAGACUGAUCCACUCUGGAGUCCAGAGAGCAGGAAGAUGAUCCAGUCUCUGGGAAAACUGGCUUUUGAUGAGCUGCAGAAAGGAAACCUGAUCUUCUAUGAGUCCGACCUGACAGAGUGUGGCAUCAAGAUCAAGGAAGCCUCAUUGUACUCAGGAGUGUUCACACAGAUCUUUAGAGAGGAGAGAGGACUGUACCAGGAGCAGGUGUUCUGCUUCAUCCACCUGAGCGUUCAGGAGUUUCUGGCUGCUCUUCAUGUCCAUCUGACCUUCACCAAGUCUGGACUCAACCUGAUGGAAGAAGAACAACCAACGUCCCUGAUCUCGAAAAUCUUUAGAGACAAACCUGAACUGAAAUGUCUCCAUCAGAGUGCUGUGGACCAGGCCUUACAGAGUCCAAACGGACACCUGGACUUGUUUCUGCGCUUCCUCCUGGGUCUUUCACUGCAGACCAAUCAGACUCUCCUAAGAGGUCUGCUGACACAGACAGGAAGUAGAUCACAGACCAAUCAGAAAACAGUCCAGUACAUCAAGAAGAAGAUCAGUGAGGAUCUGUCUGCAGAGAGAAGCAUCAACCUGUUCCACUGUCUGAAUGAACUGAAUGACCGUUCUCUAGUGGAGGAGAUCCAGGAGUCCCUGAGAUCAGGACGUCUCUCCACAGAGAAACUGUCUCCUGGUCAGUGGUCAGCUCUGGUCUUCAUCUUACUGUCAUCAGAGAAAGAUCUGGACGUGUUUGACCUGAAGAAAUACUCUGCUUCAGAGGAGGCUCUUCUGAGGCUGCUGCCAGUGAUCAAAGCCUCCAACAAAGCUGUGUGA